AUGUACAAAGGGCAUGGAUUUACAUUACAAAAGGUGUCCACAGUAACUGCACAGGGACACGAGUGUCUAACAGAGGUGCUGUGUUCUCUUUUGCAGGCUGGCAGCGAUGGUGAGAGCAUAGGAAACUGCCCCUUUUCGCAGAGGCUCUUCAUGAUCCUUUGGCUGAAGGGAGUGGUAUUUAGUGUCACCACAGUUGACCUGAAGAGAAAACCAGCAGACCUUCAAAAUCUGGCUCCAGGCACUCAUCCUCCCUUUAUAACAUUCAACGGGGAAGUGAAAACAGAUGUGAACAAGAUUGAAGAGUUCCUGGAAGAUGUUUUGUGUCCACCCAAGUACCUAAAGCUUUCACCAAAGCAUCCAGAAUCUAACACUGCUGGAAUGGAUAUAUUUGCCAAAUUUUCUGCAUUUAUCAAAAAUUCUAGACCAGAGGCUAAUGAAGGCUUAGAACGUGGCCUCUUGAAAACCCUCCAGAAGCUGGAUGAGUAUCUGAACUCUCCUCUUCCUGAUGAGAUAGAUGAAAAUAGCAUGGAGGAUAUUGCAAUUUCUACCCGCAAGUUUUUGGAUGGCAAUGAGAUGACAUUAGCAGACUGCAACCUGCUACCAAAACUACAUAUUGUCAAGGUGGUGGCCAAAAAAUACCGCGACUUUGAGAUCCCCAAGAAUAUGACGGGGGUUUGGAGAUACCUGACGAAUGCUUAUAGCAGGGAUGAAUUCACCAAUACCUGUCCUGGAGACAAAGAAAUUGAAAUAGCUUACAGCGAUGUAGCCAAGAGACUCACCAAGUAAACAGCACUUGCAAAAGAGAUGACUUCUUGCAUAUCCCAUAACAAUGCUUCUAACAGACUGCUCUUCUCGUAUAAGAUAGCAAUUUUUUUGCAUGAACUUGCAGUUAUUCAAAGUUAUGGUGGAUAGACCAGGUACAGUAAUUACCUAAAGUUUGCAGACUUUAAUUAUAGGCUUGUUUUUCCUUACCUCCUUUCAUAGCAAGUCUGAAUAUCAUUAAUGCAGUUAUGUUAAUAUUGCAUGGGGGUGAUGAUUCUUCAGUGUGAAGGGUUAUCCUGCCCCCGCUACUUUUCUUUGCAAACAUUUGGUCCCUGUCUAUGAAUUGGUCUAGGAUCCUCUCUUUCUGUAUGGUACAAGGAAUAUUUAUGUAUUUUGGAAUUUACUGCUUUUCCAGAAGAUUUACACAGAAUUGUCAUAUCUGUGGCACAUUGAACUGUACCUGCUCAUCUAUGCCAUUUACAUGUAGAAGGGAGCUUAUUAUCAAAAAGAGCCAUUUGUAGAAUAUUUGGCCACAAAUUUU